AUGGAUCGCCCUCUAGCGGCCUCCUAUCGCCCUCUCGCCGCCUCCGUCCCGAAGUCGCGCUCGCUAUCUCCCAUCGCGGCCCUCCCCUCAGUUCGCGUCGCCUCGCUAUCUCUUCCCCCCCAUCUCGUCGCCUCGCUAUCUCUCCCCUCCCAUCCCGCACGCCUUUCUCUGCCGUCUCUCGUCUUCUCUCACGUCGCCCCUCCCCUCCCGUCGCCUUUCCCUCCUGUUGCUUUCCUCUCCCGUCGCCUUUCCCCUUCGUCGCCUUUCUUCUCCCGUCGCCUUUCUUCUCCCGUCGCCUCUCAUCUCCCGCCGCCCUUCCUUCUCUCCCGCCGCCUUUCCUCUCCCGUCGCCUCUCCUCUCCCGCCGCCCUUCCUUCUCUCUCGUCGCCUAUCUUUCCCUCUCGUCGCCCUUUCUCUCUCGCGUCGCCCUUUCUCUCCCGUCGCCCUUCAUCUCUCGCGUCGCUCUUCCUCUCUCCCGUCGCCCUUUCUCUCUCCCGUCGCCCUUUCUCUCCCGAAGCUCUUCUCUUCCGUCGCCCUUCCUCUCUCCCCUCCUACCACCCACCUCGGCGCCCUCCCGUCGCCCCGAAAUGCCUGCUUCGCCCUUCCUCUCUCCCCUCCCACUACCCACUUCGGCGCCUUCGCGCUCGCCCCGAAAUGCCUGCCCGUCGCCCUUCCUCUCUCCCCUCCUACCACCCACCUCGGCGCCCUCCCGUCGCCCCGAAAUGCCUGCUCGUCGCCCUUCCUCUCUCCCCUCCCACUACCCACCUCGGCGCCUUCGCGCUCGCCCCGAAAUGCCUGCCCGUCGCCCUUCCUCUCUCCCCUCCUACCACCCACCUCGGCGCCCUCCCGUCGCCCCGAAAUGCCUGCUCGUCGCCCUUCCUCUCUCCCCUCCCACUACCCACCUCGGCGCCUUCGCGCUCGCACCAAAAUGUCUGCCCGUCGCCCUUCGUCACUCCCCUCCCAUCACCCACCUCGGCGCCCUCCCGUCGCCCCGAACUGCCUGCCCGUCGCCCUUCCUCUCUCCCCUUCCAUCACCCACCUCGGCGCCUGCGCGCUCGCCCCGAAAUGCAUGCCCGUCGCCCCUCGUUCUCCCCUCCCAACACCUUACCAUUCCGCUAUUCUCGUUCACUCUGCUCUCUUCGUGCGUUCUCGUUUCCGUCUCGCUAUCCCUUUUUAA